UGCCAAACAAAAGUUGAUCUGAUCAGAGUGCUUCUUAAAAUUAAAAUCAAAUUAUCAAAGAAUACCUUAAAAUACUCGAAUAAAAAUACUCAACUCGAAAUGAAUCUCCACGUCCUCCUGCUGAUGAUGAUCUUGGAGACCACCAUCCUCGCAUAUUCCACCUGGCCGACCUCAUCGUGGCUUGGCACAAAUAAUAAUUACCUUGACGUGAGAAAUUCGACCUUGUUUGUGCCUAGAUCCACCUUCUAUCCACCCACCCACAACGAGGAGAAUGAGGAGGACUAUGACUAUGGGGAGGAUCAAGAGGAUCAUCCGGCUAUCAAUGUGGCCACAUUCUUUCACAAACGGGUGCCACGUCACCCGGGCAACCAGGCGGUGUCGCGCCUCCAAUCUUCCUCCCGGAGACUCAGUUUCAACGUCAACGCCCCCUGGCAGCAGAGUGAUAACGAUAAUCACCUCAAUUGGCACAGUGCCGCCGACACGGAGGACGAUGGCUAUCAAUCGGAUCAGGCACAGCCGGGGGAGCUAACGGCCAGGAAACUGCAGCAAGUGGGAACCCAAGAAGGCGUCCUGGAGUACAGAAAAUAUCACACCAACCUCCAGGAACUCAAUCAAAUGGCAAGGGAACACCGGGCCUUUGUGCAGCGGGAGGGCAGGUGUCGUGUGCCCAAGCCUCAGGUGAUCUACAUGACCAAGGAGACCAAUACGGUCUAUUCCCCGCGUGCCACAAUCCUGCAUCAGUGCAGCGACACUGUGGGCUGUUGUGAUCCGGGAUUCACCUGCAAGAUGAAGCGAAACGAGACCGUGAACCUGGUGUUCUCCGUUCACGUCAACAACAAGUCAAUGGCCCGCAUUGUUCCAAUGCUAAACCACACCGAGUGCGGAUGUGUGAAGGUGGAGAUACGUCGCAAGCGGAGCACAGCCUGCAGGUGUCCCAAGCACUUCAUAGACUUUAGCUGGCCAUUGAUUCAAUCGGAGGAGGAGGAGAAGGAGCAGCAGGCGGAGCAGCGUUGCCGAUGCGACUGCCAUCUCAGCGAUGAUACCUGCAAGCGGUUGAAGAAUGGCGAGGAGGGAUUCUCCGUGAUGGAGCGACGACGCAUUCAAAGCGGAGACAGCAGUCCACCAUUUUGCAAUUAUGGCCCCUACGACAAGAGAAAUGGACGCUGUCCACGCCUGGUUAUCAAAAUCAAAAUCAAAAUCAGUAUAAGAAUCCGAAUCUGAGCUAUUAUCAGCCAGGACAUUUCCAAUCCAAGCGCCUGCAUGGCAAGAGCUAAACCCCAAACAUCCCCAACCCCAAACUGUGCAUAAACUAAAUACUACUUAUGCACUACCGCUACUUAUUACAAACUCUACUUACUACUACUGUUUAAAAAUUGCAUGCCAUUUAAAACAUCCAUAGCAGUGACGCUGAAUCUUCCAAUGAGGAAGAUCUUAGAGAAAACUUCAAUAAAAAAUACGUCUAGUGGAGCACCUUCCAAUAUGUUAAGUCGUUAGUAUUAAGAGCUAUAAUAUGGAUUGAUUGCCUUGCUCUAAUGACCCAUGGUCAUCCUGUGCAGACAAAAAUCUGUGCAGAGUAUUUAUAAUUAUAAAAAAACUAUUAAUUACACAGCAUUUACUAUUAAAAUCAACCCAGAAAUAAUUCAAGCCCCAUAUUUCGGUCAGAAGAAGAAGAAGUAUUGUCAACCAACAACAUUCGAGUGUACUUAAGUAAACGUCGAUUAAGUUUCAUCU